GCCCAGUGUACGCUGCCGUCGCAGUCAAUCGAUACCUGCGGCGCCGGUCGCCGCCUCCCGCAGCGGAAGCCCAAAAGCCGUCCGGGCCGUCGACGCGAUGACCAUCCUCUACAGCCUCGUCGCGCGGGGCAAGACCGUGCUGAGCGAGUUCACGUUCACGAGCGGCAACUUCCCGACGAUCACGCGACUCUUAUUGGCGAAGAUCGAUUGUGGUAGAGACGGCAAGGUGUCGUACGUCUACGACCAGUACGUCUUCCACUACCUCUGCGACGACGGGAUACUGUACCUCUGCAUGUGCGACGACGACCAGCACCAGAAGAGGCGGAUUCCCUUCGCGUUUUUAGAUGACAUCAAGCAAAGAUUUCUGGACGCGCACGGCGACGAGCGCCACACGGCCAUCGCCUUCGCGAUGAACCACGAAUUUUCUCGAGUUCUGAGGCGGCAGAUGGACGUCUUCAACGGGCCCAUGGCCACGGAGUCGCAGUUUUCCGAUGUCAGAGGCAAGCUCGACGACGUCAAAGACGUCAUGGUCAAGAACAUCGAGAUGGUCUUGGAGCGGGGCGAGAAGCUGGAGUUGCUCGUGGACAAGACCGAUAGAUUGAACGCGACGGCCUUUACCUUCGAGCGGUCCUCGCGCCGGUUGAAGGAGCAGAUGUUCUGGAAGAAGGUGAAGUUAUAUUUGACCUUCUUAUCCUUGGCGGGCUUCGUCAUUUUCAUACUCGUGUGGAUCGCGUGCGGCGCGGACUUCGGCAAGUGCCGGAAAGAGAAGUGAGUGAGCGGCGAUGAUAGACGCUCCCACGAGGCAUCGCUGUGCGGGCUAAUUAUGUAUGUAAAUCCA